AUGGCUUCCACAUCAGACAAGGAUCUCUGCUGUCCCAUCUGUCACGACAUCUUCACAGAGCCUGUUGUUCUGUCAUGUAGCCACAGCUUCUGUAGAGACUGUCUGAAGACCUGGUGGAGACAGAAACCAACACACGACUGUCCAGUUUGUAAUACAAGAUGUUCAAGAGAAAAACCACCUGUUAGUUUGGUUUUAAAGAAUUUGUGUGAGUCCUUCCGGCAGCAGAGAGCUCAGAGAUCUUCAGAGUUUCUCUGCAGUUUGCACUCUGAGAAACUCAAACUCUUCUGUCUGGACCACCAGCAGCCAGUGUGUCUCGUCUGCAGAGAUUCAGAAAUACACUCCAACCACAGAUUCAGGCCCAUCAGUGAAGCUGUAAAAAAACACAAGAAGGAACUUCAGGAAACUCUGAAGCCCUUAAAGAAGAAGCUGAAGUUUUCUGAAAAAGUGAAAGUGAAGUUUGAUCAAACAGCAGAUCACAUUAAGGUCCAGGCCCGACACACAGAGAGGCAGAUUAAGGAGCAGUUUGAGAAGCUUCACCAGUUUCUGAUAAAGGAGGAGGAGGCCAGGAUGGCUGCACUGAGGGAGGAAGAGGAGCAGAAGACUGGGAUGAUGAAGGAGAAGAUGGAGGCUCUGAGCAGAGAGAUAGCAGAUCUUUCAGACACAGUCAGAGCCACAGAGGAGCAGCUGAGAGCUGAAGACGUCUCAUUCCUGCUGAACUACAAGACUGCAGCAGAAAGAGUCCAGAGCUGCCUCCUGAUGGAGGAUCCACAGCUUCACCCAGGAGCUCUGAUAGACCAGGCCAAACAUGUGGGCAACCUGAGCUUUAACAUCUGGAACAACAUGAAGGACAUGGUCUCCUACACUCCUCUCAUUCUGGACCCAAACACUGCACAUCCACACCUCAUCCUGUCUGAUGAUCUGACCAGUGUGAGAUUUGGAGAUGAACAGCAGCUUCCUGAUAAUCCAGAGAGGUUUGAUCCUUCUGUCGGUGUUCUGAGCUCUGAAGGCUUCGACUCAGGGACUCACAGCUGGGAUGUUGACACUGGAGGCAGUUCAUUGUGGGCACUAGGUGUUUUACAAGAGUCUGUCCAGAGGAAGACAAAGAUAGAGUCUGGAUUAUGGACAAUCGUGUUCCUUGAAGGUAAAUACCAUUCAUGGUCACCACCAGCUCCCCCCACUUAUCUCCCAGUACAGAAGAAGUUCCAGAGGAUCAGAGUGAAUCUGGACUGUAACAGAGGAAAACUGUCAUUCUAUGAUCUUGAUACUGAAACACACAUACACAUCUUCAAUCACACUUUCACCGAGAGGAUGUUUCCAUACAUGUACACUAUGGAAACAGUGAAGAUUUUACCAGUAAAAGUCUCUGUGGCAGUAGAACAGAUCAGUUAGAGAUCAACACGAUCAAUAGAUUCAUACUUGAUGCAUAGAUGCAUACUUUGUCUCGUCUCGUCCGUCUGUCUUGAAGUGAUCUAUUGGCACUGGACCUUCGAAACACCGAUCAUGGAAUUGAUUAGCUGGUCUCUCAACGCGAUUGACAAGAUUGUCGGGACAAAGAGCAUGGGUUUAGGGGAACCCACCUGCCCAGAUGGGAGUUUUGCCUCGGGCUAUGUGAUCGAUUCGUGGGGGAAGUGGCGAGGGAUCAUGUGCCUGGCACCCCUAUCUGUGGAGGACGUUGAAGAUGUCUACAUUUUCGGAUUUUUGAUGACAGGCCUGCUGACAAUUGGCUUGAUUGUGGGCCUGAGCUUCUGGAAGAUUAGGAGGACCGCAGAGAAAAAUGAUGUCCAAACUCUGCUGACCCCUGCAAACGAACGGAUCAAGGAUGUUGGUGAUCGGAUUGACGAACUCAAACGUAAGAUAGACAAUUUUGCUUGGUGUGACUGUUGAUUUGAGUCGCAGAGUGGAUGCCAUCAGGAUGCGUUUAGCCACAGCCGACGUCUGACAGUUGAGAGCGGCCAGAGGAAGAGGGAAAAUGCUCCUCUACUUCGACUAAACAAAAGGAUACUGAUAACAAUUCGGCGCCCCUGGAAUAAUAACAAACUCCUCUGGAAGCUUCCACGGCCAAGAGAUUGCUUUCCUAAACCCCCCC